GGGGCCGGCACGUAACAAGGAUCUACGGGUCACUUGCUUCGGUCUGACCGACGCCGUGAGAGCUUGAAAUUCAGUCUAGAGAGGCUCUGCUGCAUUCGUUCAAGGCCCUGCCGAUUCGGUGUCGUAAAUAUUGGCCGCACAUCGCGCCCUUACCGUCGCCAUACCCCAGAGCCGAGAAUGCAGGCUCCGAAAGCCCGCAAUCCCAGUCACGUCUUUAGUCGGCUGCUGGGAAAUUCCAAAGUCCACAGCUUUUGCCUCCAGGUCAAUCAGCAAGAUGUCAUCACCCGCGGGUUUCGCGGCCUACCAAGCCGUCCUCUCCAGCGGGGACAAAUCCAAUGACCCGAAAGACGCCGGCGACACGGCCAAAGGCAACACCAAAGGUGAAGAUGGCAGUAUCGCCUUCAACUCCAAAUUCGAAGACGUCAAGGAGAUCUGGCAGGACGGCGAGAUCUUGGCCGUGACGCGGAGCCAGAACCAGUACAAGCGCUCGCAGCAAUCCAAGAAGCGCUUCGGGGAAUACUCGCUGCUCCUGCGACGCGUGCUGGACCUGAACGACAGGCAGAAGCCGAAGCUCCAGCUCGAACUCCAGUCCGACACGCUGCGGCGCGAAUUCCGCCGCCUCGCAAAGGGGCUGAUGAGCAUCAGCCUCAAUCACGACCCCAUCGUCAUCUACGAGCCCUACCGAGAGCUGUAUUACUACAGAGCGCAGAUCCAAAAGGCGGUAGCCGAGGCGGCAGAUGAAGAAACGCGCCAAGAGAUCCAGCUGCUCAUCAACUUCGAGGCGCAGUACAUGUCGCACACCAUCGCCACCGUCACGUCGCUCAGAGACAACGGGACCAUCGAGUUCGAGUGGCUCUGGAGUCUCUUCGCGCCAGGCUGCGACGUCGUCCUCCAGAACACCACCGCCAUGGCCGCCGUGGUCGAAUGGCCCGCCGUGCUGAAGUCCUACCAGGUGCAAGUCGAAGACGGCGUGCCGAUGUGGGUGGUGGCGGUGACCCAUACUGGCUUCAACGGCCACAAGUUCGGCCAGGUUCAGUCGAGCUUUACGUUCCCGUCCUUUUCCGGCACCGUCGACAUCGCUCAGUUGCCAGUCUACCCGCUGGCAUACUGCAAGCACAAGAGCCAGUUGCUGGAGGCUGCAACCGCCCGCGGGCAGAGAUACGAGGCGUACUGCGUAAACAGCUCAAAGACGUCCAAGCCGCCGAUUGGGACGACAAUGAGGUACGAGGGCCCUUUCUGGACGAUGCGGGAUGAGGACGAGUAUAGUCGACGGGGCUGCCGGCUGUACGAUAGUCCCUCGGGUACUAUCAACGGCAGACUCGUUGUAGAUGCAGAGGGCUUCCUGAGCCAGUUCCCUAUCUUCAGAGACACCUUGAUCCCCGAGGCGAGCACGGGAGAUCAAGACAACAGCGACGACGAGCCGUUCAACCCCAUAUCCUUCUUUCGUCCGCGCCGUCUAUUUCGGUCAGACACAGCCGGCUCCAGCAAUCUUGUGUCGCCGCAGCUACAGAGCAAACCACUCUCGGCGGAUCAACUCCUAACGUGCCCCCCGUUUGUCCCCGCCUUCUCCUUCUCCUCCCGCAGAUGGGGCCUCGUCCUCAUCGACAAACUCGAAGACGUCGAGUGGAAUCCCGGCGUGUACGAAAAGCUCCAGAUCGGGAACCGCAUCAAGACUACCCUCCGUGGCAUCGUGAAGGGGCAUUGCGAGCAUCUGACCAACUUCGACGACUUCAUCCAGGACAAGGGUCGUGGCUUGGUGUUCCUGCUCCAUGGGCCUCCAGGUUGCGGGAAAACAAUGACAGCUGAGAGCAUUGCAGAGUCCCUUCGAAAGCCGCUUUACAACGUGAACGGAGGAGAGCUCGGUACCUCGGCGUACACAAUACAGAGAGGGUUGGAAAGGGCAUUCGGGCUUGUUUCCCGCUGGGACGCCAUCUUCCUCCUUGACGAGGCCGAUGCCUUUUUGGCACGCCGUGGCGAUAGCGUGGAGAAGAACGCCCCCAUCUCAGUUUUCUUGAGGCUCCUAGAAUACCAAGCCGGGAUCAUGUUCCUAACGACCAACCGCCUCGGUGAUAUCGACCCAGCUUUCCACUCGCGCAUCCACAUCUCAAUUCCCUACUCCGACCUUACCGACAGUCAAAGGGCAUCUAUCUGGAGAGACCUAGCGCGCGAGAAGUGCGAUUGCACGCUUUCCGACGCGGAGGCGGAGCUGCUAGGCACGUUGCCCGUCGACGGAAGGACCAUCAAGAACGUGCUGAGGCUGGCGACGUUGUUUGCCAAGACUCGCGGCGACGAGGCAGACAUGACCAUGUCUGAUAUCGUCGAAGUGUUGCCUCUCGCAGUCGGAGAUUCCACUGUGGCGAAGUUGUCGGCAGGGCAGGCGAAGGGAGAGUUGAGCGAGAAGGACGCGCUGUCUUCGGUGAUGGGUCAAUUCGUGGGGAACUCUUGGCCAACGAACCAACUUGAGGGCUAGAAACGGUCUGAGGCGCUUGUAAUCAUUGGCCUCCGACUUGGAUACGAUUCGAGGCGCUUAUUGCGUUGGUGGGCGGGACACUUCAGCCCGCUCGUUUAUUAAGGGCUUUAAGGGAAAGUCAUGGAAAUAUGGGAGUUAGAGUUCCCGGAUGAGUUAAGUGACAAAACCUCUCAAUUCAAGCCAAAGUGAGAGAUACGAUAGAGCAAGGAAAAUCUCGC